AUGGUUUCUAUUGCUAUUAACGGUUUCGGUAGAAUCGGUAGAUUGGUUUUGAGAAUCGCUUUGGAAAGAAAGAACAUUGAUGUCGUUGCCAUCAACGAUCCAUUCAUUUCCGUCGACUAUGCUGCUUACAUGUUCAAGUACGACUCUACCCACGGUAAGUACAAGGGUGAAGUCAGCCACGAUGGUAGCAAUUUGAUCAUCAACGGUAAGAAGGUUGCUGUGUUCCAAGAAAAGGACCCAGCUACCUUGCCAUGGGGUAAGCUAGGUGUUGACAUUGCCGUCGACUCCACUGGUGUGUUCAAGGAAUUGGACUCUGCCCAAAAGCACAUUGACGCUGGUGCCAAGAAGGUUGUGAUUACCGCUCCUUCCAAGACCGCCCCAAUGUUCGUUGUCGGUGUCAACGAAGACAAGUACAACGGUGAAAAGAUCGUUUCCAACGCUUCUUGUACCACCAACUGUUUGGCUCCAAUUGCCAAGAUCAUCAACGAUGAAUUCGGUAUCGAGGAAGGUUUGAUGACUACUGUCCACUCCAUCACUGCCACCCAAAAGACCGUCGAUGGUCCAUCCCACAAGGACUGGAGAGGUGGUAGAACCGCUUCCGGUAACAUUAUCCCAUCCUCCACCGGUGCCGCUAAGGCUGUCGGUAAGGUCUUGCCAGAAUUGCAAGGUAAGCUAACUGGUAUGGCUUUCAGAGUCCCAACCACAGAUGUCUCCGUCGUCGACUUGACCGUUAAGUUGGCCAAGGCUGCUACUUACGAUGAAAUUAAGGCCGCCGUUAAGAAGGUCUCUGAAGGUAAGUUGAAGGACGUUGUCGGUUACACUGAAGACGCUGUCGUCUCUUCUGACUUCUUGGGUGACACCCACUCCACCAUCUUUGAUGCAGCUGCUGGUAUCCAGUUGUCUCCAAAGUUCGUCAAGCUAGUGGCAUGGUACGAUAACGAAUACGGUUACUCCACCAGAGUCGUCGACUUGGUCGAACACGUUGCUUAG